AUGUUCUUCCCUAAGCUUCUCAGCGCCGCGGUCGCUAUCGUCUUCGUCGGCCAGGCUGCCGCCGUCCCCAUGCCCAUGCCUAUGCGCCGUCACUUCGAGAGCCGCGAGCUCGGUACUCUCGAGACCAUCCAGGCGUACAGGCGCGCGGACAUUAACACCGUCCCCGCGGAGGAGGCAACCAUGUCCAAGGACGGCCAGAUCGUGAAGUUCUCCAACUCCCAGAAGCGCGCGGCGGCAGACAUCAACACCGUCCCCGCUGAGGAGGCAACCAUGUCGCAGAACGGGCAGAUUGUCAAGUUCGCGAACAACGGCAAGCGCGCGGCCGCAGACAUCAACACCGUUCCUGCCGAGGAGGCAACGAUGUCGCAAAACGGCCAGAUCGUGAAGUUCCGCGCGGAGGACAUUAACACCAUCCCCGCGGAAGAGGCCACCAUGUCCCAGAACGGGCAGAUUGUCAAGUUCACGAACAACGGGAAGCGCGCCACCGCAGAUAUCAACACCGUUCCCGCCGAGGAGGCGACGAUGUCGCAGAACGGACAGAUCGUGAAGUUCGUCAACAACGCCAAGCGUGCGGCGGCGGACAUCAACACCGUGCCUGCCGAGGAGGCCACCAUGUCGCAGAAUGGCCAAAUCGUGAAGUUCGCGAACAACCACAAGCGCGCUGACGUGAACACCGUUCCCGCGGAGGAGGCCACCAUGUCGAAGAACGGCCAGAUCGUGCCCUUCGCCAACAACUGA